GGUAUGACACCUUUCAGACCGCCUGUGGUCUCAGCAACUAGCGGGGUUGAUGGGAGAUGUGAAACACGUGAUUUACUCUGCUUAAAGGAUUUUCUGUUUAUAAAUCUGCGGUGCGUUGAUGUGAGGCCUAUUUACCUUUAACUUGUGAGGAAGUGCGAAUUUUGUCAGAUGUUUGGAAGUGCACAGAAUGAUCAAAGGGCAAAUCGGGGAAUCUUCAUGGUUAGGUCGGAAAAGCCCGACUGCCUUCUGUUGCGCCACAGACCAGCGAAGCUCUAAAGCCAUUGCCCUCAUGUAGGAGGAGUGGCGGGGGCGUGGAAAGAGAGAGCAGGACCUCUAGUCCCAGCUACGAAAACAGGAAGUUUUCCUUUGACAGAGUCGCUCUUGGAGAUCGAGCCGAACUAGGUUAAACUCUCCUCAAGAUGCAUUCGGCCAGGAGAGACUACACGCCAGUCAGCGUCUCUCUUCACUGAUAUUCUCACUGGGUCCAGUGUUUUUACUCUUUCAUUUUCCGGGGGACCUGUUGGUGACAGUAAAUGGCCACCGCGAUUCCGAUAGAACAGAAAACUACAGCAUGGUGCAGAUAUUUGUUCCUUUAUGACUCGUCAAAGGUUAAAGAAGAAGGUGACCCAACGAGUUCCGGGAUCUAUUACUUUUUUCCCUCACAGACUAGUGUUGACCAACAGGAGCUGCUCUGUGGGCAGAUCGCUGGAGUAGUCUGCUGCAUUGCUGAGAUCUCAGGAACUCCACCCAGGCUAAUCCGCUUGCGAAAGCUGAAGUUUGCUGUUCAGGUGGAUGGGGAAUAUCUUUGGGCUCUUGGAUGUGCCCUAGAUGUCCCCGAUAAGAGCUGUAAGCAGUUUCUGGAUCAACUCAUCGGCAUCUUUACAUUUUACAAUGGAUUCAGUAAGCAUAUAUACCAGGUGCGGGAUCGGAGAGAGCUGGCCUGCCAGUGGGAUCUGUAUAUGGAGCACAUCCAGCAAGCCAACAGCGGCCUACAUCACACUUUCAAUUCCCUUUGGAACCUGGACAGGACUGAUGUGGAUCCCCUCCUGCUGUUGAAAGCUGCUCUCAUUUUACAGAACUGCCAGCGUUGCCCGGAGAUCCUGGCCGGAUGCAUCCUCUACAAAAAACUAAUAGUGAGCUCUCAACUUCUGCCAGAAAUAACAGCCAAGAUACUGGCUUACCAGCCUGGCGUCUGUGGUCAGAAUCUGACAGAGAGAUCAGAUGUCCCGUUACCUCAGGAUGUGACUAUUUUGACUGUAUUUGUUACCGAAGAGGAAUUUGCUGCCCUGCGGCAGUAUUCGAUUGAAUGGAUUUAUGGAUCACCCAACAGCCCAAAGCCAUGUUUAUUGGAGGAAAGGGCUCAGAAACCACUACCCUCCAGAACACUGUCAGACUGUCCAGACCCCGAGGAACUGAGUCAGGUGGAGUGUGGAAACUACACAGAGUUUGAGACCUUGUAUCCAAGCUCCAAAGAUAGUGACACACCAACUGUGGACUCAGUCCAGAAUUAUCAAGGAAAACACACCAUGCAAUCUCAUCCAAUAGACUUUGACUGCAGUUCUUCAGAGAGUGCACAUUCUCAGCCACAGAGCAAAGCCUCAUUGUCUUCCUCCCCUGGACGCUCUUGGUCAUCACUACAGUUGGAUGAGGAGCAUUCUGAGGCAGACUCCUUGCACUUUGUUGAUCUCUACAUGGAACUGAUAGAGGACAGAUUAGAUAACAAGAGUAAUGCUGCAACUGCAUGCCUUGCGUCUCAUUCUGAAAACAGUUGUGGGGAAGAGCAGAAAGAUGCUGCUGUCAAAUCUACUGAUGAUCAGCAAUUGCCCUCACAGCAACAUCAGAGCUCUCUUCCUAGUAAUACUCAGCAGAGCCAUGGUGCCACGGCUGGAGAUACUCCUGCAGGGUACAAAGCAGAUGGUGCGGAUGUUAAGGACACUGCGUCCUUGACCCAUGAACUCACAGACCACGGGAACUUGGUGAAAUUGAGUCUGUACAUUCACACAGUGAAAGGGUUGGUAAUGUCCCUUCUGGCUGAAGAAGGAUUUCGAGUCAAUCACAGGGCUAUUGAAGAUGUUUACCACAGUUCCCUGGCCUCCUUAAAUGGGUUAGAAGUGCACCUAAGUGAGACUUUACUUGGUAGGAAUACCUGCAACUUACUUGGCUUUAACUUCGCUCAUUACGACUGCAUUCAGCAUAUACUCACAGCUCACCUCUGUCCUGGAGCCCAAAAGGAUCACUUUCUCCGAGCCACUUCCUUGAUGCACACUGACCUGAACCGCAACAGUGACCUCCGUGAAGUGACAGUCAGAAAUGCCUCCACUGCUGUUUAUAGCUGCCGCAACUCCGCCCAGGAAACCCACUUCCAACAUCUUGCGACUCCAAUCCAUAACUCUGGGGUCCCAAAUCCUCACGACAGUGCCUUUGCUUUACCCGGAAGAGCCAAGCAGAAACUGCUCAAGUACGGAGUGAACCUGCUCUGACCAGCAUCGUUCUCCAAGAUUGGACUACAGUACCUUAGGAAUAUUUGCAUUUAUAUUUUAGAAAAACUAUAACAUUUUAAAGUCAUAUUCGAGUUACAGUCAUUACUUCCAUCAGAGGGACUGCCUUACUUUGAGUGAUAUCUGGAUCACUGUAAUGGCUUGUUUUGUUUUGUCCUUGUGCUGUGGAGCGAAGAGUGAUCCCAGGUAACUUGCCAGGCUCAACAAGGUUUCUGACAUUUUGCAAAGUAAUUAACAGAUCCUGUUUGGAAACCUUCCGUGAAGUUGACCAUAGUGUCAGGUGUAACAGAAUAGGUUUUCAUAUUGGUAAAACACUGAUGAAAUCUUAGACCAUAAGACAAAGGAGCAGAAGUCGGCCAUUCGGCCCAUCGAGUCUGCUCCGCCAUUUUAUCAUGAGCUGAUCCAUUUUUUCCUAUUUAGUCCCACUCCCCUGCCUUCUCACCAUAACCUUUGAUGCCCUGGCUACUCAGAUACCUGUCAAUCUCUGCCUUAAAUACACCUUGGCCUCCACUGCCACCCGUGGCAACAAAUUCCAUAGAUUCACCACCCUCUGGCUAAAAAAAUUUCUUCGCAUCUCUGUUCCGAAUGAGCGCCCUUCAAUCCUUAAGUCAUGCCCUCUCGUACUAGACUCCCCCAUCAUGGGAAACAACUUCGCCACAUCCGCUCUGUCCAUGCCUUGCAACAUUUGAAAUGUUUCUAUGAGGUCUCCACUCAUUCUUCUAAACUCCAAGGAAUACAGUCAAAUGUUCCUCAAUGUUAACCCUCUCAUUCCCGGAAUCAUUCUAGUGAAUCUUCUCUGUACCUUCUCUGACGUCAGCACAUCCUUUCUUAAAUAAGGAGACCAAAACUGCCCACAGUACUCCAAGUGAGGUCUCACCAGCGUCUUAUAGAGCCUCAACAUCACAUCCCUGCUCCUAUACUCUAUUCCUCUAGAAAUGAAUGCCAACAUUGCAUUCGCCUUCUUCACCACCGACUCAACCUGGAGGUUAACCUUAAGGGUAUCCUGCACGAGGACUCCCAAGUCCCGUUGCAUCUCAGAACUUUGAAUUCUCUCCCCAUUUAAAUAAUAGUCUGCCCAUUUAUUUCUUCUCCCAAAGUGCAUAACCAUACACUUUCCAACAUUGUACUUCAUUUGCCACUUCUUUGCCCAUUCUUCCAAUCUAUCCAAGUCUCUCUGCCAGACAUCCCACCCUGCAAAAACUCAUUUCAGGGAGGUAGCACCAUCAAUUUGCGGGGGACACCCGGAACUUCCGGGAGAGGUGGGAUGCCUGCAAUGGAGUAGCUCCUUAGCAGCUAGCCAGCUAGUUUAAAUAACGUUAGCUAUGCUAAUGAACAAAUGACACCUGUUAAACUCACCUCAACACGUCUCUUACAGUCUCAACCCACCACGGGCAAUAGAAAAGGCACUAUUGCAAACAGUGCAGCGAACAACACUGUCAUUAUUUUUGACCCCUAUUAGGUAGGGGUACACUUUAGUGUAGUCUGGGGUGAUGUACGCUUUAUAUUUUCUUUUUUUGGAACACUCUGCCACUCUGACUUUUUUUGGAACUGUCUCGCACUUGCUUUCUCUCUCUCUCGUGAUCGCUCUCGUGCUCGCUUUUUCGCUCUCGCGCUUGCUUUCUUGCUCUUGUGCUCGCUCUCUCUCUCAAAAAAAAUUGAUUUCAGUGAUAUUGUAUAUAAUUUGCAGGCAUCAGGAAGCCACAAUUAACAUGCGGGAGACUACCGGAACUUCCGGGAGAGGUGGGAUGUCUGCUCUGCAGACUCUCUGUUUCCUCAGCACUACCAGCCCCUCCACCUAUCUUCGUAUCAUCAGCAAACUUAGCCACAAAGCCACCUAUUCCAUAAUUCAAAUCGUUGAUGUACAACGUAAAAAGAAGCGGCCCCAACACGGACCCCUGUGGAACAUCACUGUUCACCACUUAGAAAUCUUCUAAAUUUUCUGGUGACAUUUCACUGCAUUUAAAGAAAAACAACAGUUUGUAUUGAUAUAAUAGAGUUGUAGCACACUCCAGCACAGAGACAAACCCUUCGGCCCUUCUAGUCUGUGCCAAACUGUUAUUCUGCCUCGUCCCACCCAGACCACAGCCCUCAUACCUCUUCCAGCCAUGUACUUACCCAAACUUUGAUUGAACGUUGAAAUUUAACCUGCAUCCACUGCUUCCACUGACAGCUCAUUGCACACUCACACCACCCUCUGAGUGAAGAAGAUCCCCCCUCAGGUUCUCCUUAAAUAUUUCACCUUUCACCCUAAACCAAUGACUGCUAGUCCUAUUCUCAGUGAAAAAGCCUGCUUGCAUUUACCCUAUUUAUUCUCAUAAUUUUCUACACCUUUAUCAAAUCUGCCUCAUUCUUCUAGAUAUAGUAGAAUGUUCCAGUCUCUCCAAUGGAUGGUAACGUAGAAUUUAAUGUUAGCCAUGUAGGGUACUGGGACAUCUUACCCAAAGUUUGGUCAGAUAAACCUUUAAGGAAUAUCUGCCAGAAGGUUUUGAAGCAGGUGGAUUUACACGGGGAGCUUCAGACACUGGGGCUGCCAGAAAUGGAUGCUAUCACUUUCAAAUUCCAGCUCUCAGACAGACUCACACUAUUGGAAUACUUCCCGUGUUUGACUCUUGCAUUGUGGAUGCUGAAUAGUGUAGCCCUGAAGGACGUUGCAAUAACCUCCUCUCUCAGGGUGGGGGAGCAACACCUCAUAUUCCAUCUGGGGAGCUUCCAACCUGAUGGCAUGAACGUGAAUUUCUGGAACCUCUAGCAGUUUCCCUCUCCCCAUUCUAUUUUUUUUUACCAUCCCUCAUCCUGCCGCCCCUCCCCCCUCCCCGGUGCCCCUCCCCCACCCCAGUGCCCCUCUUCCUUCCCUUUCUCCCAUGGUCCACUUUCCUAUUAGAUUCCUCCUUAUUCAGCUCUUACAUUUUCCACCUAUCAUCUCCCAGCUUCUUACUUCAUCCACCCGCCCCUGCUCCUCACCUGGCUUCACCUAUCACUUGCCAGCUUGUCCUCCUUCCCCUUCCCCCCACCUUUACCUUAUUCUGGCUUUCUCUUCCUUCCUUUCCAGUCCUGAUGAAGAGUCUCAACCUGAAACGUCGACUGCUUAUUCUCCUCCAGGGAUGCUGUUGGCAGAAUCUCUUGUGUUUAUGUUUGCAGUCACUUCUAUUCAGUGAUAAGUGUGUGCUUCUGGGAUGUGGACCCUGGCCUUUUUACCUUGUCCCUCUACCCAAAAGACACCAAGACUAAUUCUAAUAACGUAAUGCAGAGUUAGACACUUUCUAGGAGGCAGGUUUGUUAAACAGUGACUCUCUCCACCUAUUUUGAUGUAUGUAUACCUGGGUAGAGGUGAACAGGCUGAUGUAACAGUCCAAUAUAUCUGUGCAUCUGCUCGUUAAUGCAAAUAUCUAAUCAGCCAAUCGUGGCAGCAACGCAAUGCACAAAAGCAUGCAGACAUGGUCAAGAGGUUCAGUCAUUGUUCAGACCAAACAUCAGAAUGAGGAAAAAUAUGAUCUAACUGACUCUGACCGUGGGAUGAUUGUUGGUGCCAGACGGGGUGGUUCGAGUAUCUCAGAAACUGCUGAUCUCCUGGGAUUUUCACACACAAGUCUCUAGAGUUUACAGAGAAUGGUGUGGAAAAACAAAAAAAAAAUCAUCCAGUGAGUGGUAGUCCUGUGGGUGAAAAUGCCUUGUUAAUGAGAGAGGUCAGAGGAGAAUGACCAGGCUGGUUCAAGGUGACAGGAAGGUGACAGUAACUCAAAUAACAGUGGUGUGCAGAAGAGCAUCUCUAAACACACAACACGUGGAACCUUGAAGUGGAUGGGCUACAGCAGCAGAAGACCAGAAACAUACACUCAGUGGCCACUUUAUUAGAUACAGGAGGUACUAAUAAAGUGGCCACUGAGUUUCAUAGAUGGGUCUUUCCUGUGGAACUCUGAUAGUAUGUUUAUAGUGACUAUGAAAACCUCUUGAUAUUAAUGUUUUCCUUCAUGGUUAUUUAAUAUGCAGGAGCUUGUGAUGUUUUUCCAAGGUGUAGUUUUGCACUUUACACAGAAAUAAGUAACUUUAAGAUUAUUGAUAGUUAUUAGUAGUUAGUGUUCUUAACUUUUGAAGUUUUGCCACAAACCAUAUAAUGAAGCUUAGUCCAGAGCAUUUGAACAAAUCUGAGAGGUUGAAAUGGGGAGGAGACGGAGGAAUGAGAACGCUAAGGGCCCAUUUGCUGUUGACACCUUUCCUUUGUACAUGCUGAACAAUAAACAGCUCCGCUUUUA